AUGAUCCGCCGCCGCUCUCGUCUAACACUCCUUCUACUCCUAACAUGCGCAUUCCUAUUCUUCAACCUGUCCACCCUCCCCCGCCCCCUUCCACCUCCUCCCCCCCUUCCCCCCUCAUUUGACCCCGGUCGCAUCUUCAUAGCCUCCAACCACUGGAACUCCGAAUCCAUUCUCCGUUCGCACUGGUCCGACGCCGUCACGCGGCUCAUCGUCCGCCUCGGCGUGGAGAACGUGUACUUUUCUCUGUACGAGUCCGGCAGCUGGGAUGAUACCAAGGGCGCGCUACGCGAACUCGACGAGCGAUUGGGGAAGUUGGGCGUUGAGCGGAGGGUGAUUCUUGAGGGGACGACGCACGCGGAUGAGAUCUCGCGGACCCCGAGGGUCGGAGAGGAGGGGUGGAUUGUCACGCCGAGGGGGGGGAAAGAGUUGAGGAGGAUACCGUACUUGGCUAGGGCCAGGAACAGGGUUCUCGAGCCACUGUUGGAGCUGCAGCAGGAUCGGGGGGGAGGGAAGAAUGGGAGCUUUGAUAGGUUGUUAUUUCUGAAUGACGUUAUCUUUACUGUCCGUCCAGCUCUGAUUCGCCGGAUGCGCUGGCCGCGAACUAAUUUGUGGAGGGGUGACAGGUCGAAGACGCAUUAAAUCUAUUAAGCACCCGGAAUGGCGAAUACUCUGCUGCCUGCUCACUGGACUUUCUCGAUAGUACCAAAUUCUACGACACUUUUGCCCUCCGCGACAUUAACGGGCGUUCCGCCGCCAGCCUGUCAUACCCGUUCUUUGCGUCCGGUCCCUCUCGCGCUGCUCUUCUCGCGAGCGCCCCCGUCCCUGUCCGUAGUUGUUGGAACGGAAUGGUGGUCUUCGACGCAGCGCCCUUCCUGCCGCCUUCUAACCUCCGCUUCCGCGGUGUGUCCGACUCACUGGCGGAACGGCACGUUGAAGGGAGCGAGUGCUGUCUUAUACACUACGAUAACCCCCUAUCUGACAAGGGCGUCUGGCUGAAUCCGAAUGUUAGAGUGGCGUAUAAAGCAAAGGGGUGGGAGCUGAUUCGGCAUGGGGUUGGGUGGCCGGGGAAACGGGAGAGGAUUUGGGGUGGGGUUGUUGGGAUCGUGACGGCCGUCUUGGGACUACCCUGGGGAGAUGGGAAGGUGGUGGGAAGGGUUCGGGAGUGGGGAGGGAGCGAGCCCGGGGUUGAUUGCUUGAUUGAUGAAAUGCACGUUCUGGUGAGCAAUGGGUGGAAGCAUUUGUAG